AUGGCUGUCCUGCUGCUGGUGCCGCUACUGGGCUUGCUGGUCUUUCUCCUGGGUGUCUUUAUCUGGGUUGUUUUUAAGGAACUACACACUGCAGAAGUCCCUUCUACGAUGAAAUAUCCCAUCAAGUUGAGAGCUGUACAUUGUGUCUUCCAAUAUGCGAUCACUUUGGGGAACAUACUAGAGAAGCUGAGAAUUUGUUCCAUGCCCAGCUUUGUCCGCUUUAUGCAUGACAGAGUGGCCAUCAUCAAGAAGGACCCUAAAUUGCUGGUGACAAACCUACACUUUGGGACAGUCCCCGUGAGGCUGUUCCAGCCCAAGGCAUCAUCCUGCAGCCCUCGGCGAGGUGUGAUCUUCUACCAUGGAGGGGGCGGGUUGCUCGGCAGCCUGGAUUCUUACCACAGCCUGUGCAGUUACCUGGCCCGGGAAACAGACUCUGUGGUCUUGAGUGUGGGGUACCGCAAAUACCCUGACUACCAUUUCCCUAUUGUUUAUCGGGACUGCCUGAAUGCCACCAUCCACUUCCUGAAGAGGCUGCAAACCUAUGGAGUAGAAGCCUCCCGGGUGGUCAUCUGUGGAGAAAGCAUGGGCGCAUCCACUGUGGCCAUGGUUACUCAGGCCUUAGUGGGCAGAACCAGCCUUCCCCAGAUUCGGGCUCAGAUUCUAAUAUCCCCAGCUGUCCAGUUAUUGAAUUUACAGUUGCCAUCUUUUUGUCAAAAUAAAAAUGUCCCAUUUCUCACCCAAGAGAUAUUUAUGACAUUAGUGUGUAAAUAUAUGGCCACUGACCUCUCCUGGAAAGAUGCUUUAUGGAAUGGUGCAUGUAUGCCCCCAGAGAACUGGAAGAAGUACCAGAGAUGGAUCAGCUCUGACAACAUCCCUGACAGGUUCAAAAACAAAGGACAAGAACCCCAGUUUCCCGGGCCUUUCAUUGAGUCUGCUUACCUGGAAACCAAACAUUUCUUUGAUGUAAGAAAUGCGCCCAUCCUUGCAGAGGAUGAGAUAAUCUCCCAGCUUCCUGAAGCCUUCUUGGUGAGCUAUGGACAUGACAUUCUCCGUGAUGACACCUUGCUUUACAAGAAGCGCUUGGAAGACCAGGGGGUCCCAGUGAGCUGGUACCAUAUAGAGGAUGGCUUUCACGGAUGCAUCGUUUUAUUUGACAGGAAGCUUUUAUCUUUCCCAUGCUCCCAGGAUACUGUCAAUUCUGUGGUCAGUUACAUAAAGGGUAUAUGA